AUGCAUCUCGUUCAGAACUGGGCAGUCGCCGCGGCUGUUGCAGCAUGGCUGCAGACGGGUGCGGCUGCACCGUCGAUCAACGAGGCCAGGGCGGGGCCGGCGUCGUGCAGCACGUCGUCCAAGGACACGUACGACUACAUUGUCGUGGGUUCGGGCCCCGGUGCCCUGCCGGUGGCUGACCGGCUCUCCGAGGCCGGCCACAGCGUGCUGCUGCUCGAGAAGGGCCCGGCGUCGUCGGGGCGGUGGGGCGGGACCAUGAAGCCGUCAUGGCUGUCGGGCACCAACCUGACGCGAUUCGACGUGCCGGGGUUGUGCAACCAGAUCUGGGCCGACCGCAACGGCAUCGCCUGUACCGACUACGACCAGCUGGCCGGCUGCAUCCUCGGCGGCGGCGCCGCCAUCAACUCGGGCCUGUACUGGAAGCCCCACCCCGAAGACUGGAACAUGAGCUUCCCUGCUGGCUGGAAGAACCCCGACAUGCAGGAGUCCGUGUCCAAGGUCUUUAGCCGCCUGCCCGGCACCAUGUAUCCGUCCAUGGACGGCAAGCUCUACCUGCCGCAGGGCUACAACACCAUCAGCGCCGGUCUGACGCAGGGCGGCUGGACGUCCAUCGUCGCCAACGACCAGAACGACCAGCGCAACAAGACCUUCAGCCACACCACCUACUACUUCAGCGGCGGCGAGCGCGGCGGGCCCAUGGCCACGUACCUGCUGACCGCCAGCCAGCGCAAGAACUUUGCCUUCUGGACCGGCGCGGCCGUCAAGCGCGUCGUCCGCACCGGCGGCCACGUCACGGGCGUCGAGGUCGAGUGCAGCGGCGGCACCACCACCAUCAACGUCACCCCCAACACGGGCCGUGUCGUCAUCUCGGCCGGCACCUUCGGGUCGGCCAAGAUCCUGUGGCGAAGCGGCAUUGGCCCGAAGGACCAACUCAACGUGGUCAAGCAGUCGGGCGACGGCGCCACCAUGGUCUCUUCUGACCAGUGGAUCGACCUGCCCGUCGGGUACAACCUGUACGACCACGUCGGCACGGAUCUCGAAAUCGCCCACCCCAACAUUGUCAACUACGACUUCUACGCUGCGUACAACAGGCCCGCGUCGGGCGACUCGCAGUCGUAUCUGAAUGGCCGCACUGGCAUUUUGACUCAGGCCGCGCCCAACUUUGGGCCCAUGUUCUGGGACAUCAUCACGCCUUCUGACGGAAUCAACCGCCAUCUGCACUGGCAGGCCCGCGUCGAGGGGUCGCGCAGCACAUCCAUGACGCUGACGCAGUACCUGGGCACGGGCUCCGUGUCGCGCGGGCGGUUGACCAUCAACAGCCAGCUCAAGACGAUCGUGUCGACGUCGCCGUACCUCAACAACGCCGGCGACGUGGCUGCCGUCGUCCAGGGCGUGCAGAAUCUGCGCGACGGCCUGGCCAAGGUCUCGGGCCUAACCUGGAUCCGGCCUUCGUCGAGCCAGUCGUCGGCCGCGUUUGUCAACUCGAUUGCCGCGAACCCCGGCUCGCGCAACUCGAACCACUGGAUCGGAACCAACAAGAUGGGCACCGACGACGGGCGCAGCGGCGGCACCGCCGUGGUCGACACCGACACCAAGGUCUACGGGACAGACAACCUGUUCGUCGUCGACGCGUCCAUCUUCCCCGGCCACGUCACCAGCAACCCGACAGCCGCCAUCCUCAUCGUCUCGGAGCACGCCGUGUCCAAGAUCUUGGCCCUGCCGUUCCCCGCCGCUGCGGCUUGAGCAGACAAGGAGAACUUCGUGAAGUGGUUGUGGUUGUGGUUGACUUAAAAAAAGACAGGCCGAUAUGGAUAAUUAGUACUAGCUGGACUGAAAUAAAAAGAAUACAGCUUGCCGCUAUUUGCUACCUUGUUAAUGAUUGAUUUGCGGGAGACGGGGGUGGGAAUUUCGGACACGACUUAUCUAGGCAGGGCACUUACAGACACAAAAGCCAUGCUACCUGUCCGACGGCCUAGACAGGGUGACCCACCUUUGCAAUCGCCCCACUUUGCAAUUUUUCCCCCACACCGCCAACUUCCUACUCUCUACCUUCCACCACCAACAACUUCCUC